AUGGGGCUUUUGGGCAUGUUUUUUAUGAAGUCAUGUGGAGAAUUUUUGGGGAGGACAUGGAACAUACAAGACGUAUUCACAUUGGGUGUGAUUUUGGCCUUGCAUUCUCUUUGUGCAUUUGCGCCCUUUCAUUUCAAUUGGCCUGCAUUUUGGGUCGCCGUCACUUUGUACGUUGUGACGGCUUUAGGAAUCACACUGUGCUACCAUAGAACUCUUACCCACAGAGGUUUGAGGCUUCCAAAAUGGCUCGAGUACCUCUUUGCCUAUUGUGGUGUUCUGUCACUUCAGGGGGUGAGGACGGUACUUCUUUUCGACGCCACUCUGAUUAUAAAUUCAGUUGGCCACAUGUGGGGAAAGAAACCAUGGAACACCGGUGAUAUGUCUACAAACAAUUGGUGGAUGUCAAUUAUUACGCUUGGAGAAGGAUGGCAUAAUAACCACCAUGCUUUUGAAUACUCAGCUAGACAUGGGUUGGAAUGGUGGCAAAUUGAUAUUACUUGGUACGUAAUAAGAUUUCUUCAAGCUAUUGGAUUGGCAACAGAUGUCAAGGUCCCAACUGAAAUUCAAAAGCAACGAAAAGCUUCAAAUGGUAGAAUCAUGGCUACUCAAAAAUAGGGUUUUGAAGAUUUACUCAGCUAUGUAUAUCAUGGAUAACGUUACUAGCUUCAAAUCCUAUAUGCGUUAGUGAUGUUGUCAAUAUUCAUGCCUCAAGUAGUAUUUCUUUGGCUUCUAAAAUAAUUACUUAUAGUCGUACUACAGAAUAAUCAGCUAUGAAGAGUGUUUAAUUUUGGAAAUGGAAGUGAUGUUGUGUACUAUGAAUAAAAUUGAC